GUGGCGCGCUUGCGCGCAAAGGAAUCGUCGAGCAGAUUCGCCAUGUGCUUUCUUGUGGACUGGACUUGACUCUUGAGGAGGAUCCCGUCCCAACAAAGAGAAAGCGGAAGGGUCGGUCCUUGCUGCUCGUGCUCGAACCCAACCAUCCAUCCAUCUCGUCCGGCCCGAGUUUAGUUCUGUCCUCAGGCGCAGGUCCCGCCCAUCGAUCUUUCGCACUCGCUCUACUUCCCCCAUCGGCGAACCCUGUCGCCGGUGGGUGGGUGAUCUAUUGCUCACAGACAUUUUGCUUUCGACCGAUUGAUGAGUACCGAUCUGCAUACGAUUGGUGACCCAAAAAUAUUAGGUUUUGGCGUUCCGACGACGCGAAACGAGAGUCAGAAAGAAAUAUUGGUGGUGGAGAAAAGGGGACGACGACGACGAGGAUUUCGACAGUUCCCUCUGGCGUGAACAGGGCUACAAAGACGGGAGAAUUCGGGGCUUCUGGUGCGGCCGGUCGUGCUUGCCCAUGCUUCUACAUGCGCUCGGGAGACAUUUCGUAAAUGCGAUGUGCCAGGGGAGUGUGUAGAUUGCGAUUUGCCGCGGCUGGGCUGUUGAAUUCUCGGUGAAAGCGAGAUUUGGGCGUGAAUCAAUUCUCUGCAUCUGUUGCAUUCUUGGUGCCCGAUCCUUUCGCCUGUUCCUGUUCCUAUCCAUCCUGUUGGGGUGGCGUGAAUUUGGAAAUCUGAAGCAGGGUGCGGAUUUGUCAGCGCUCUGAUGAUGGCUGCAGCAUCUGCUGCCAGACUGCCGGGAGUGAUGGCAGCUGCGGCAGCCCUGGCCACCGCUGCAACUUCAACGGACUUCCCUCAUAAGAUGCAUCCCAAGACCCCAUCCACGAUGUUCUACACCUCGAACCCUCCCACAUUAUCGUCGUCCGCUCCGUGUUCCGUUUCUUCUUGUGUCAAUAUCCCCCACGGGCUGGCGAACACAUGUUAUGCCGCUUCCCUGCCCUCAGCUCCGGAAGUGUCUUACGCCGCCGGUCCUCUGUCGUUCACAUGCCCCAACCAUAGAGUUUUAUCCCAUUUGCUGCCGUUUAACUUUUCUCAAUUGUCUCGUGUUCCUCCUCCUUCUCUAUGUUCCACAUACCGAUUACCGCGAGAAGAGCUCCACAAGCACUUCAGCGGGCAAACCGUGAGCUUUCUGCCUUCCUCAGCCCAGUACUUCCCCUCUUCUCCCCAAUUUAAUUCAGGCCAUUCUUUCCCCUUGUUCGAUCUUUCGACGCAUGUUGCCGCUCUGUUUGCUGCCGCUUCUUCUCCUGUGCCGAAGGUAGGCGCAUGGAAUGCUAUGCACACCUGGCACACGCCCACGCCUGGUUCUUUCAGCCCCGUCAAUGGCACGGCCGUGAACAGCAAGCCUGCUGUGACGGUGGUGUUGCUGGGCUGGUUGGGUUCUCAGCAGAAGCAUUUGAAGAAAUAUGCGGAGUGGUAUAAUGCCCGUGGGAUACAUGCUGUGACAUUCACAGUCCCCAUGGCCGACAUUCUCAGUUUCACCAUGGGUGGAAAAGCGGAAGCCCAUGUUGAUGAACUCGCCUCUCACCUCGCGAUGUGGCUGGACGAAGAACGCGGUGACAAACACCUGAUUUUCCACACUUUCAGCAACACGGGGUGGCUGACAUACGGCGUGUUGCUGGAGAAACUUCUGUCGAGGGGAUCGGAAUUGGUAGAAAAGAUUAAGGGAUGUGUUGUCGACUCCGCCCCCUCUGCAGACCCCGAUCCACAAGUCUGGGCUUCUGGAUUUUCUGCAGCCCUUUUGAAGAAACGAAGUGUUGCUGCUCAAGGAGUGGUUGCUAACGGAGGGGAAAUGGUUGCCGAGAAACCUCAGCCCCACAUUGCCGAAGCAGCCUUGCUCCUCAUGCUAGAAAAAUUUUUCGCUUUGUUUUUGCAGAUUCCGGCUAUAAACCAGAGGUUGACCCAGGUUGUAAAUAUUCUGUCACAGCAACAGCCGCACUGCCCGCAGCUCUAUAUCUACAGCACAGCUGAUAAGGUGAUACCAGCCAAAUCCAUAGAGUCAUUCAUAGAAAAGCAAAGGCAGGCUGGCCGUGUUGUUAGAGCUUGUAAUCUUCAUUCUUCUCCCCAUGUGGAUCAUUUUAGAAGUUUCCCCGACAUUUACGGUAGGCAGGUUAGUAGCUUUCUUCAAGAGUGCACUCCGGAGUAAUUCAAUACCUGUAGGCUCGAGGCUUCGAUUCUAAAGGAUCGAUGGAAGAACUAUGUGAUCUAUUAAACCUCACAGUGGGGGUUCUCUGAGCACGGAUUAAUGGAGCUGUCUACAGCAGCACUUCAAGCUUCGGAUUUACUGCCUCCACGAGGCCGUCUUCAUCGAUUCCGUCGAUCUUGCAUUCCUCGAUACUCGAUAACACAUCUAUCUGGAAUGCCUCAACCCGGGGUACUGCUGAACAGGGGAUCUUAAGCGCCGUGCUGCUUAUCUUGAUUAUUGUCGAACACGGGAAGGGUUCAGAAACUUCUUUCCAGGUGUAUUUUUCACACAUUGCUGCAGGCAUCGAACGAGCUGAUCAGAGGGCCGGAAUUGGGGGAUUAUUCUGCUGGAAGAAUUAUCGAAGUCUCGUGCCGCAGCCGUGCAAAAACUUUAUUUGAUUUGACAAGACCUCAGAGAUAUAUGUAAUAUCAAGCAACUGUAUACACCCAGCAACCUGAAGGUCUUGUUCCUAGCGGAGAGUCAGAGCCAUUUAGCCGAUAAUAUGUUUAUAUAGCUCUGGACGAUUUAAUCGAACACUUAUAUCACGGAUACACAACUCAUUUAUCUGAGCCAUUGCUCAGACUUCUGUGAUCAAAGUGAUCCAAAAUCCAGGAUCACUUUGAAUAUGUAUGGAAUGCCUCAAAAAGGACAAACCUGUAAUGAGGCGUUGAAAAUCAUUGCCUGACAGCAGCAAGGCCUUGCUGAUUCUGUAGAAGCCCUCUAUUGGGUUCGUAAUUCCGAGUAAAAUUUUCGCACCAAUCAUCAUGCAACC